AUGCUUCGGUUAUUCUAUUUCUCCGCUGUUAUUGCCUCAGUUAUUUUAAAUUUUGUAGGAAUCAUUAUGAAUCUGUUUAUUACAGUGGUCAAUUGCAAAACUUGGGUCAAAAGCCAUAGAAUCUCCUCUUCUGAUAGGAUUCUGUUCAGCCUGGGCAUCACCAGGUUUCUUAUGCUGGGACUAUUUCUGGUGAACACCAUCUACUUCGUCUCUUCAAAUAUGGAAAGGUCAGUCUACCUGUCUGCUUUUUUUGUGUUGUGUUUCAUGUUUUUGGACUCGAGCAGUCUCUGGUUUGUGACCUUGCUCAAUAUCUUGUACUGUGUGAAGAUUACUAACUUCCAACACUCAGUGUUUCUCCUGCUGAAGCGGAGUAUCUCCCCAAAGAUCCCCAGGCUGCUGCUGGCCUUUGUGCUGAUUUCUGCUUUCACCACUUGCCUGUACAUCACGCUUAGCCAGGCAUCACCUUUUCCUGAACUUGUGACUACGAGAAAUAACACAUCAUUUAAUAUCAGUGAGGGCAUCUUGUCUUUAGUGGUUUCUUUGGUCUUGAACUCAUCUCUCCAGUUCAUCAUUAAUGUGACUUCUGCUUCCUUGCUAAUACACUCCUUGAGGAGACAUAUACAGAAGAUGCAGAAAAAUGCCACUGGUUUCUGGAAUCCCCAGAUGGAAGCUCAUGUAGGUGCUAUGAAGCUGAUGGUCUAUUUCCUCAUCCUCUACAUUCCAUAUUCAGUUGCUACCCUGGUCCAGUAUCUCCCCUUUUAUGCAGGGAUGGAUAUGGGGACCAAAUCCAUUUGUCUGAUUUUUGCCACCCUUUACUCUCCAGGACAUUCUGUUCUCAUUAUUAUCACACAUCCUAAACUGAAAACAACAGCAAAGAAGAUUCUUUGUUUCAAAAAAUAG